ACAACUCAUAUAAAUAUGUGGAGCCACGUGAAAAAUAGACAAUGUAGAUACAUGUGGCUAAAAGAAGCUAUGUUUCUUUGCUCUUCUAUCCCAACAAAAAACAUCUUCAUCUCUGCCACAAAUAUCCACUUUUUUUCAUCUCCAAAUCCUCCUCUCCUCCUCAGAUUUCAUACUUCUCACCGUGAAAAUCUUCGUUAUCUAAAAUCUCUUGGCAUUAUCAAGCCUGGUACCAAAACCUACAAAACAACCCCAUCCCCAGAAUCCCUUUCCCAAAUUUUAUCCACUGUGAACUUCCUCAAUUCCCAAGGCUUUUCCCAAGCUGAUAUAUCGAGAAUUGCUCUUGUUUGUGACCAUGUAUUUUCUUCUGAAUUUAAUGUUGAAUCUGUAGUUGAUUUCUUCAAGUCUGAUUUAGCUGCAACCCCAGAAGAAACUCGAGGUUUAAUUCUUCGAUGUCCUCAAAUUCUUGAAUCCAAUGUCCCAUUCUGUUUGAGACCAACACUGCUUUAUCUUAGAGAACUGGAAAUUGGAAAUUUGAACUUGCCAACAAACUUAAAUGCUCAUCUUCUCAAUACCCGAGUGGAUAAAUUGCAAGAAAAAGUUAGAUUUUUGCAGGGAAUUGGGUUUUCCUAUGAAGAAUCAGCCAAGUUUUGUGCUAGAUUUCCUGCUAUAUUUGGUUACAGCAUUGAACACAACUUAUGGCCUAAGUAUGAGUAUUUGGUUGAGUAUAUGAGGAGGGAUCUUGAGGAACUAAAACAAUUUCCUCAGUACUUCGCUUUCAGCCUUAGAAACCGGAUUGUUCCUAGACAUUUGCAUCUCAAGGAAAGAAAUGUUCUAAUUCCCUUGAAAAGAAUGUUGUUGUGGAGUGAUCAAAGAUUUUAUGCUAAAUGGAAAUGACUUUUUU